GCCGAACCUUCUUGUCUCUGUUUCUCCAUGCCUUUGAAUCUGAUGAGCAGCUGCAGCUACAGCUUCUCCCCCACCCGAACUCUCUUUCCCUCCCUCUCUCCCUCCGAUUCCCCUCACAAAUCAUCGCCUCCUCCCACCCUGGUCAUCCGCAAGGACAAACCGAUCGAAGUUCUCCAAUCCGUCGCCUCCGGAGCAGACAAGAACUUGGUCUACUACUCUUCCCGCAUCCAGUCAUGCAUGGACUCGCGCUCCUUCGACUCCGGCAAGUCAAUUCAAGCGCAGAUGGAGGACGAAGGAAUCGUGCCCGACACGUUCUUGCAGACGAAGAUCUUGAUGCUGUACGCUAAUACAGCCGAGCCGAGCGACUUAGUACAUGCGCGGAAGAUAUUCGAUAAAAUGGCCGACAGAAACUCCACUACUUGGAACACAAUGAUACUAGCUUAUGCGCGGGCGAGUGACCAUAUGGAGGUCCUUCAGCUCUUUUCCCGGAUGCAUGAGUGUGGAGCAGUCCCGGAUAAGUUCACGUUUCCGAGUGUUAUCAAAGCUUGUCUUGCUCUAGAGGCUGAGGGAGGAAUUCAGCUGCUGCAUGGCUUGAUCAUCAAGCAUGGUUUUGGUCGGGAUGUGGUCGUUGGCACUGCUUUGGUUGAUGUUUAUGCGAACCUUGGUUGUCUAGAGGAUGCUGAAACUGCUUUCAGUGAGGUUGAUGGGGUAAAUGUUGUCACUUGGAAUGCAAUCAUCAGCGGCUAUGUAGGGGCAUUGAGUUGGGAAGAGGCUUGGAACAGUUUCCAUCGCAUGCAGGAGGAUGCCAGUGUGUGCCCAAGCCAUUCUACUCUAUCUUUGGCUGCUCGAACUUGUGGUGCUUUGAGGUCACUGGACAGAGGAAGACAAGUUCAUGCGAAGGCGAUGGCUCUUGGCUAUGACUCUGAUGUGUUCGUGCAAAAUUCUCUCAUUGAUAUGUAUGCUGAGUGUGGUGAUCUAGAAGGUUGCGAGUUGGUAUUUCAUCUAAUAAAAGAAAGAAGUCAAGUGAGUUGGAACUCCAUCGUAUCUAGUUAUGUUCGUCUCAGAUACUAUGAGGAAGCCUUGCACAUGCUUCUCAGAAUGCAGCAAGCUGGUUAUCAGUAUGACAGGUUCAAUCUUGGAAGUGCCUUAACAUCAUGUGCUGCCUUAGCAGAUUCAGAGACUGGUCGAGCAAUUCAUGGAUACUUAGUGAGGAGAUUGUUAGAUUCUGAUGUUGUGCUGGGCAGUGGCAUCAUCGAUAUGUAUGGAAAAUGUGGCUGUAUGAGAGAGGCUCAUUGGGUUUUCAACAAACUGAGGAAGAGAAAUAUAGUGUCUUGGAAUUCUCUUAUGGCAGGGUUUGUGCUAGAGGAAGCGACAGAAGUUGUCAUUGAGCUUUAUCAUCAAAUGGAAUUAGCAAACAUUAAUCCUGAUCAAUUCACGCUUGGUGCUUUGUUGAGCCUCUUUGCCAAUCAAGGGAAUACAGACCUUGGGAAACAGAUUCAUGCCAGUAUUAUUAGGAAGAUCACUAGACCAAACUUAGUACUAGAGACCGAACUAACUCACAUGUAUGCAAGGUGUGGAAGAUUAAGGGAUGCACAUAACGUUUUCAAUCGGAUGCCGAAAAAGAAUGCCUACUCAUGGAAUUCUUUCAUCGAAGGAUGCUUGAAAUGUAACAAGGCUAUGGAAGCUCUCAGAAUCUUUCGCAAAAUGCAGUUCAACGGAGUAGUGCCGGAUUCCUUUUCUUUGUCAAGUGCACUUACUGCUAUAUCUCAUCUUUCGACUUUACAAAAAGGAAAAGAAAUCCAUGGUUUCGCAGUGAAGAAAAUGCUCAUAGAUCAUGAUGUUACUCUCUGCAUUCUUAUCGAUAUGUAUGCCAAAUGCGGGUGCAUUGAUUAUGCUUAUAGGAUGUAUGAGAGGGCACCGAAGAAGAAGGGUUUGAUCCUCAAUAACAUCAUGAUUUCUGCAUUUAUUAGUCAUGAGAAAAUCAGCUAUGCUAGGAGAAUAUUCGAUAAGAUGGAAGAAAAGAACAUAAUAUCCUGGAACUCAAUGUUGAUUGGGUAUGGCAAAGGUGGUUUUGAUAGGGAAGCACUCCAAUUGUUUCAGGAAUUCACCGUCGAAAGAGGUAAUUAUGAAUGCUCAACUCUGGUGCCAAUUUUCAACUUAUGUGCAAGUUUACCUUCAGCUGAGUUCGGGAAGCAACUCCAUGCUUUAGCGACGAAAUUGCCCGGUAAUUCAGUUGUUUUAGACAGUGCAAUAGUCGAUAUGUAUGCGAAAUGUGGAUUGAUUGAAGAAGCAAGAGAGUUCUUCAACAGGAUGAAAGAAAGAAACAUCUUGACAUGGAACACCAUUAUCUCCAGCUACUCGAAGCACGGCCAAAUCGAAGCAGUCUUUUCGCUUUACAACCAGAUGCUAAGUGAAGGAAUACUCCCAAAUGACAUCACAUUCCUCUCCAUUCUAUCAGCUUGCAGCCAUACAGGCUUGCUAGAAGAGGGUUUGGAUACUUUUGUGUCCAUGUCGGAGGACUAUGCCGUAGAGCCAAGGUUAGAGCAUUACAACUGUAUGGUGGAUCUUCUCGGCCGUGCAGGUCUCUUGAAUGAUGCAAAGGAAAUGAUACUCAGAAUGCCAAUGGAGCCAGACAAAUCCACUUGGGCUGCUCUCCUUGGAGCAUCAAGGAAUCAUAUCGAUAUCGAUAUCGGAAGAUUUGCAGCUGAUAAGCUUUUCGAGUUAGACCCUGCUAACUCCGGGCAUUACCGUCUGAUGGCUAAUCUCUAUGCAUCAGCAGGGAGGUGGAAAGAGGCUGAUAAGAUGUGGAAAUUGAUGAAAGAAAGGAGAGCUAUGAGUGCGCCUGCAUCUAGCUGGAUUGAGAUUGGCAAUCAAAUUCAAGUUUUUCAUGCUGGGGAUCUGAAGAAACUUAUGCCACUCUCAGGAUCAUCAACGCAGUUUUCAUUGUAAACCAUGCACUAAUAGCACAAAUAGCACGGCGACGGUUUGUUCCUAAAAUGCAUGAUCAAGAUCAAUAGAGAAAAUGCACAACUACCACGGUGAAGACAUGCUUCAAGUCUCCAACAAAUCCAUAGUUAACAUCAAUAGCUUCAAUUGCAAGUUUUUUAAAACACUCAAGCCAUCACCUAACUCAUGGAGUUUUUUUUAACAUUGUUGUCUAUGUUGAAAUUGAUGAAUAAUGUUCAAUUUCUAGAUAAUUAUAAUGGGAAGUUGUUUUUAAAUCUGUAAUAAAAAUUUUAAUUUCCUGAUCAGUUAGACAAAAUAUAUUU